CAUAGAAAUCAAUGCAAUUUGUUGAAAUUGGGCGGAAUUUAGCGCCUCUUGGCGGUUUUUGAGCACCUUUUGGGCGGGAUUUGAUCAGACACAUCUGGCAACACUGAGUGUAGGCACCGCAAGGGUUCACGUAAUCUCACUCACUCACUCCACUCCACUCCCACGCGUAUGAUGACCGCGUGCCUCUCUUUAUGAAUCGAGUCACAAAGUCCACGCAUCAUGAAACGGGCUCGGGUGAUGAGGCAGAGCUGCACUGUUCCCGGUGCGGCACUCCUUUUCUACCAAGAAAGAAAACAGGUCAUACGCCUUUGCUCCCCUCCUCCUCCUCCUCCCCCUCCUCUACCCCUCCACCCCCCAUACUGCCCCACCCCCAACUUGCUCAAGGUGUUCUCUGAUUGCUACAUUGCGCUCCUCUACCCUCCCCCUCCGCCGGCGAUUCUGACCAAUCAGCUCAUCGCGGCCACAGCUCACCUGAAAGUCAUUUGCAUAUUGGGCUUGCCUAGGCCGCGUGAUUGGUUGAACCUCAGGAGUUUCAGCUCACCCACCCUCCCCCUUCCCCCUUCCUCCUCCUCCACCAUCCAGCAUUCUGCUGUCUCUGCAACCAACCAAUGGCUGUUGGUGACAGUGACUCAGAGAGAGAGAGAGAGAGAGAGAGAGAGAGAGAGAGAGAGGGAGAGAGAGCAAGUUGCUUCACUACACUUCUGCUUUUUGGAAGCUCAACUCAAAAGCAGCCAUUGCCUUCUCUUUUUUUUCUCUCUCUCGCCUUACUCCUCCUCCUCCUCUUCUUCUCACACUCAUUUCGGUUUGUUCAGUGUCUUUCUUUUUUUUGGUCGUCUUUUUUGGCUAAUCUGUGUGUGUGUGAGGGGGAGUAUUGGGAACCAGCAGGUUGUGCACUCCUCUUCUCCAGCAUUCAACAAUAGUCAACUAUGCCAUUCACCAGCUUAUAGGCACACACACACAUCCUUGGACUGGACUAUUCUCUCUCUCCGCAUCUCAUCCUCCAUCUGAUUUUUUUUUUUCUGACAACACACCUUUUUUAUGUUCCCGCCUGCGUCAUUUUGGGCCGCCACUGCGUUUUGACACCCCCAUCUUCUCGCUCUCUCUCUGGACGUGGAACAUGGAGACAGACACGCAGUCCCUGUGUAUCUGAGAUUUGGAUGUUCCAUAUUUGGAUAUCACCUUUGAGGGACGUGUGUGAAGCCUGAGCACCCAGGAGAACCUUCUAGAAGGCAGGAGAGCAGGCCCUUCGUUCCCUCUCAGAAUCCCCUUGUUGGAGUGGAGCUCCACCCAAACCCACUGAAGCGUUCCCCGCUCCCCCCGAGAGGAAUUCCACUAACUCCCCCCCCCCCCCACCCCACCCCUCCCUCGAGGGGUAGGAUCACCGUCGUCCUCCUCUAGACGCCACCACCAGUCGUAGAAGCGUCAUGACGACGGCCGUGGUUCCGGGCGAGCUGGUGUUUGAGUUUGCCAGCAAUGGGAUGGACGAGAUGACACAGCUGGACGACCCGUCGGUGUUCCCGGCGGUGAUCGUGGAGCAGGUGCCAGCGGCCGACCUGAUGCAGGUGUACUCGGGCCUGGAGUCGGACGAGGUGGCCAACGGCAUCAUGGCCGACGCCACACUGGACGUGGUGGAGGAACCCAUACUGGACGUGGGACUCACAGAAACCUCGGUGUCUGGUGGCGAGGACAACAUGGAGACUGUGGAGGCAGCAGAGGUGCUGCUCAACAUGGAGUCACCCAACAACAUCCUGGACGAGAAGAGGAUGAUCCACACGUACGGCACCUUGCUGGAGUCGGAGCUCCACAGCUACAUCUCCUUGCGGCCGGAUCAGCUGGCCUCCUUGGAGGUGGACGUGGACCUGGACGAGGAGACCUCCUCCAUGGACGAGGUCAUGCACAAGAGGCCAGUCAAGCCGCCCAAGAAAAACAAAGUGCGUAAACCCAGAGCGCAGCGGCCGUGCUCCCCCAUCACCAAUCCCUCGCUGCCCCUCAAGAAGAAGAGCAAGGAGGGCAAAGGUAACACCAUCUACCUGUGGGAGUUCCUGCUGGCCCUGCUGCAGGACAAGAACACCUGCCCCAAGUACAUCAAGUGGACGCAGCGGGAGAAGGGCAUCUUCAAGCUGGUGGACUCCAAGGCCGUGUCCAAGCUGUGGGGCAAGCACAAGAACAAGCCCGACAUGAACUACGAGACCAUGGGCCGGGCACUGCGGUAUUACUACCAGCGGGGCAUCCUUGCCAAGGUGGAGGGCCAGCGGCUGGUCUACCAGUUCAAGGAGAUGCCCUCGGACCUGGUGGUGAUCGACGACGAGGACGGCCAGGGCAUGGACGCCAGCCCCGGCGCCUACGGUGCCUUCUCCCCAGGAGGUGGCGGUGGGCACAGGGCCGCCACUAACGGCCGAGGCGGUGGCAUGAACCGCAGUGGAGGUGGAGGAGGAGGGGGAGCGUCCGGAAGAGGCGGCCAGGGAAAGGGCGCUGGUGGCGGGGGACACGCGGGAGGAGGUCCCCGGGCUGGAGGGGUGAAGAGGGAGGCCCAUAGCCCGGGCAUGGUGCACCACCGGGGGCACAACGGCAAGCAUGCUGAGCAGCAGCUGCUGCAGACGGUGCACGUGCUGCAGCCUAACCAGGGGGCGGCCGUGCCUGCGCAAUCACACUCCGUCAGAACCAUCAACAUGCCAGCCACCGUGCCCAUGGUGCUGACGAGCCAGGCCGGGGGCACUAUGACCCUGCAGACGGUGCCCCUCACCACCAUGCUGGCCAGCAGCGGCGGGUGCGACCCCACCCACGGCUCCCCACCCCGGGUCAUCCUUACCACCGUGCCCUCCAGCAGCCCCGGGGGCAAAGACGUGCUCACCAUCCAGACCGCCUCCCUGGCCACGGGGCCUGGGGGCAACCUGAGCACUGGUGGGUGUGGUGGUGGUGGUGGUGGCAUGAUCGGGGGCUCCGGGGGGACCGCCAGCCUCUCCGAGGGCCUGCUGGUGACCAGCCUCGGUUCAGGAGCAGGAAUGGGAGGAGGAGUAGGAGGAGGGUUGAACGGCGUCGGCGGCGUUGGUAGUGGGCAGACAGGCGGCGGCUUGAACGGCCUCACCCGCCUGGUGGCUCUCAACGCCAACGGGCAGCCCAGCGUGGUGGCACAGCAGCCGGGCACGGUCAUCGCCACCGUGCUCAAGUCCGGCGAGCUCCAGGGCCUGUCGGUGAAAGAGGAGAUCCUGGAUCCCCUGUACCUGCAGUCUCUGGUCUCUUGCGGAGACCCCACCGGAGUCAACGCGGGCAACACCAUCUACGUCAAGGAGGAGGCCGUGGACGACGGCUGCGGAGGCACGGAGCUCAGCUACAGGACUGUGAUCUUCACCCAGGACGGAGGCAUGGCCGCGGGGGAGAGGCUGGAGGCCAGCGCCAUCAACGGACAUUUGGACACCAUGGCCACCUUGCCUCUGGCCAGCAGCCCCAGCGAAGGCCUCACCCCGGUGGAGGAGCUGGAAGGCGGGAUGGAUCCCAAGGAGCAGCUGCUGGAGGUGCCCAUCUCCGUGCCCAUGUCCCUCCCCAUGUCGGUGUCGGUGCCCGUCUCCACGGUCGUCGGUGGUCACAUGUCUGUGCGGCUGCCCACGUCUUCAUCCAACUUCAUCCAGAUAAAAACCGAGUCUGAGACCUAGGAAGGAAGAAAGACAGUAGUCCCCACUCCCUGAUCUCUCACCCUCCCCCUACUCCUUGUCAAAGAGGUGCCAAUCUCUGGUUCAGAACGUUCAAAAACAAUGCCACAAAUUUGAUCCAACCAUGCUCUGAAUCAGCUGAUCACAAUGGGCACUCGACUCAAGACAGGUAGACUGAUCAGUUACUCAGUUAAGUAACCUGUGUUGGAAAAAAAUUGUGGCAGGGAUUUUACUUCUGAACUGGAUUUAUGAGACCUCUUCCCACACUUUGCAACCCAGUCGUCCCCACCCUUCGCAGGCGUCUUGGAUGGGGAACGGACACGUCAACAAUCACCCCCACCCCCUCUUUUUGCCCCAACCAUGAAAAAUUGACGUGUCCAACCAAUAAGAAAUACCAAAAGAUGACUGCUGCAGAGGACUUCAAAAGAUAACUGUGUUUUUUUUCUUUCUCUUUUUGAAAAUUUCUUUUGUCAGCAGUCUCGAUGGUAGCAGCAGCAAAUUUGUAAUUUAUUGCUCUCGAAAAAAAAAAGAAAAAAAAUAAUAUAAAAGGCCCCUUGCCGGCCGAGGACAUUUGUUUACUCAGAAAUGAUGAUACCGUGCCUAAAAGAAAAUUGCGAACUUUUUAAGGGAUAGUCUGGUUUUUUUUGCAGAUGUCUGUGUUAAAUAAAUCGGAAGGAGGAGGAGGACAUUGCGAUACAAUAUGUUGUCCUCAUAUCUCCUCCUAAACCUCCAUGAACAUUCUCUGUCAGGAAACACAGCCAUUUUAGAAGCAGGGACCACCACCUUACCAAAUGUGCCAGUGAGAGAAAAAACGAACUCAAGUCAUCUCUUCUCUUCUCUACUCUUCUCUUCCCUCCACCCCCUUACCCGCCAUCAACCAACCAACCAAAGAAAGGAAGUUGCUUCAGGCUUUGUAAUUCACUUGUUGGACUUCUGCUUGACAGUGGGAGUGAUACCAAAAUAAUAAAUGAAUAUAUAUAUAUAUAUAUGAAUGAAAUAUAAAUAUAUAUAUAUAUAAAUAUAUAUCUUGUCAAGGACAGAAACAGCGACCUGCUGAAAAGGUGGGACAUCUUUUUGUAUCUCGUCUCACCUAUGUGACCUAUGUGGUCUUUCUUUCUCCGUUUUUUUUAAAGGACAUCAAAACCAAUACACCCCAAACAAACCAAAAUAUGCCUCAUGGACCUGAACUGAACUGAACUGUGCCUUAAGAAUGGAGGUUUUUUUGGAAAAAGUUUAAAUAAGGGAAGGUGGUUUGUUUUCCUUCCUCCUAUCAUUCUUUCUCUCUCUCCCUUUGACGUUCUUUGGUUUUGAGUCACACAGUUGAGAUUUACAUGCCUCAACACCGCCUCUCUCACACGAGCCAACGGACUGACCGAGCGAUUUAGCGAGCGAUGUAGCGAGUCGACCCUGGCGUAUGUAUACCUAUGUGUGUGACUCACUGCUCUAUGGCUCUCCAGUCACGGAUUCCUCCUCCCCUGUUAUCUCACUCCUCAAGUCCUGCUGUGAGAGGGCUCCUGCCUAGACCCCGUGGUGGCCUUAACACACUGUGUUUCUAUGGAAAUGGGCAUUCAAUGUCUGCUGAGGCAAUCCAAUUACAGAUAGUAUAUACUUGACUAUAUGCUCCCCUUGCCGACUUUCAAAGCAAGGAAGAGAACCGAGGGAGGGAGGGAGGAAGUGUAUGUAUGUGUAUGUAUGUAUGUAUGUAUGCGUUGGGGAAACAUACUCCAAAGCUGGUGAUUCAAAGCAAGGAAAGAAAAAAAAUAUCCCUUAUUUGCUUUCCCCAGAGAAUAAAACCUUAAAAAGUUGAACUCCUGUUAAUAUGAAAUGGAAAUAUAGAAAUAUAUAUAUGAAUAUAUAUAUAUUAUAAGAAAACCAUACGAUUGAGAUUCAAUUUUAAAAGGCCACAAAUUUAUUUAUUUUGUGAAUUUCUAAAUUCUGUAUAAAAAGGCUCUUUUUUAUUAUUAUUUACAUAUGCAUAUGCAACAGCAAAAUACGAGGGAACACGAGUAUAUCCAGUAGAAUUAUAUAUGAACCAGGAAUUUUAAAUGUGUUUUAAAAAAUAAUGUUUUAUGUCUCGAGCUGUAUCUUUUUUUGUCUUCAUUUUGAUGCAUUCCAAUGUAGUCUGCACUCCUUCA